AAAAAGCUAAAAGCUAAAAUCGAAAACCAAAAACUAAAAGCAAACAAAUCGACAAAACACACGACAGACUUUCGUCUGUUUGCCAACUGUGAACUGCGUACUUUGAUUGACAUUUCAAUUAAAUUAUAGCAAAAAUCGUUGCGAGACAAGCGAAGACAAACUGUCGAUAGAUUUGUAAAUUUAGUUGACGGCAUGUUUCGAGUGCAGAAACUUUUGCUCGCCGAAUACGAGGAGAUCUAUGAGCCGGUAAUGAUCGAAAGUCCUUUCACGCUGGUCGAUGCCAAUGGCCAAGGAUUGUGUCAGUAUCAAGUCGCGCUCACGGGCAGUAAGCUGCUCUUUGGCAGCGAUAAUUUCGACAAGCAUGAAGAGCAGGACGAAGAAUAUGACUUCAACAAUCGUGGCCUCGAUCCUGAAAUCGAAUGUUUCGAUCUGAUCAGCAUGAUGCCGCUGGAGUAUGUUCGCUUUAACUUCUAUCGCAAGAGAGAUCGUUGCCAAAUGAUGCUAAGUGUGCAGCACUUGGAGACGCAGCUCAGACUCGAGCAUCCCAUGAUUUUUGAAUUCGGCGGUCACAUUCACAAGCAAUACUAUUGGCACACCUGGCGGGAACGUGUUGCCAUGCUGCGUUGCUAUCAGAAGCGUUUCAGCCACAUCACUGGCGCCUCGCCCUUCUCCAGCAGCGAUGUCCAGCUGGAGCAGGAGCUGCAUCAUGCUCAGGUUCAUGUGCCCUACAAGCCGCAAUCCGUUUACAGUCUCUGCCAUAGCUCGGCUGGCUAAGAAAUCUGUAAAUACUUGUAGUAUAAGUAUCUUGGGCGAAAGCCGCUUAACUUUGUCGGCUGCUCGCAAUUUGAUUAAUGCAAAGUUGGCCAACUACUUUUCGGCCGCAAGUUCUUUAUUUAUUUAUUAAAAGCAUCUUAAAGCA